AUGUCCCCCGAGCCACUACCAAAUACACCCAACAAAGCAUCCGGCCAUGAACCUAGUUUUUUCCCCUCCAGCCAUGAGCCCAUGACUGCCAAUGAGUUGCCAUUGGCUCCCACUGACCGGGAAAAGUCGAGCAGUCAUGUAAUCGACUCGGAGAAGCAGCCUGAAACCGAAACGGCUAACGAGCUGGCAGAGCAACCACCAGAGCAAGAGCUGCCGCCAGCGGAGGAUGACUUCCACCGCACCGCGUCUACAGUGGCGCCCUCGCAUCGCUCCGCGCAAAGGGACCCCAUGAGCCGAGUCACCACCGACCCAGAGGGCAAUAUCUACCCCGAGGGUGGUCUCCAAGCCUGGCUGGUCGUCCUCGGUAGUUUCCUCGGCAUGUUUGCGUCACUGGGCCUGGUCAAUACGAUCGGCACGUUUCAGGCUUACAUCGAAACUCACCAGCUGAAAGACUACAGCUCGGGCAAUGUUGCCUGGAUCUUUGGCAUGUUCGCUUUUUUGACCUUCUUCUGUGGGGUCCAGAUUGGUCCCAUCUUCGACGCCCGGGGCCCCCGGGCUCUAGUCUUCGCUGGCAGCAUCUGUGAGAUGGCAUUCAUCAUCCUCGUGGGGUUCUGUACUGAAUACUGGCAAUUUAUGCUGGUAAUUGGUGUACUCGGUGGAGUUGGUGCAUCUCUCGUCUUCAACCCUGCUAUCGCCGCUAUCGGGCACUUUUUCUAUGAAAGACGUGGUCUUGCGACUGGUAUUGCAGCGACGGGUGGUUCUAUCGGUGGCAUAGUCUUCCCACUCACCUUAGAGGCUCUCUUUCCAAAAGUCGGAUGGGGCUGGGCAACUCGAGUGGUCGCCUUGAUUUGUCUCAUCUCCUUCGGGUUUGCGAACCUUCUCAUCCGAUCGCGACUGCCGCAAAAGCCCUUCUCUAAAGAGAACAUCCUCCCAGACUUCCGUAUCUUCAGCGAUGUGCGAUUCUUGUUGACAACAAUGAGUGUUUUUUUCAUCGAAUGGGGUCUCUUUAUUCCGCUCAGUUUCAUCUCCUCGUACGCCCUCGACCAAGGCUUUUCCACCCAGUUCUCCUACCAGAUUCUCGCAAUUCUGAACGCAGGGUCUUUCUUUGGCCGAUGCCUUCCAGGCUUCUUUGCCGACUUUCUUGGUCGUUUUAAUACCCUAAUUGUAACGGUGGCUCUCUGCUUACUGUGCAAUGCGUGUCUGUGGCUUCCCGCUGGCAGCAGCCUAGCUUUACUCGUGAUCUUUGCCCUUAUAUUUGGGUUUGCUAGCGGUAGCAACAUUAGUUUGACACCUGUCUGCGUGGGUCAGCUCUGCAAGACCGAGCAUUACGGUCGAUAUUACGCUACUGCUUACACUGUUGUGAGCUUUGGUACUCUCACCGGUAUGCCUAUUGCUGGUGAGAUCCUGGCGCGCUGUAACGGGAAGUACUGGGGUCUGAUUGCAUUCACAACGGUUUGCUAUGCGUUCGGGUUGAUCUGCUGUACUGCCGUUAAAGUCAUCGAGGUUGGCUGGCGCAAGCCGCUGGCUAUUUACUAG